AUGGCGGCGGCGCUGGGGCGGGCGGCGGGACGGGCCCUGCCGGGGCUCCCGCCGCUCCUGGCCCGCGGCUGCGGACACGCGGCGGGCUGGGACCGGCGGGAGCGCUCCUACUGGCGGGCGCUGCGGCGCCGGGUGCUGGGCCCGCCCGUGCCGCCGUUCGCAGCCCCGGUGCAGGUGGGAGCCCCGGUGCUGCGCGGCGCCGCCGCCGCCGUGUCCCCGGAGCAGCUGGGCGGCCCCGAGCUGCGGCGGCUGGCGGCGGCGCUGGCGGCCGGGCUGCGGAGCAGGCCGUGCCUGGGACUGAGCGCUCCGCAGCUCGGGGUGCCGCUCAGGGUGUUCGCCGCAGAGCUGCCACCCGCCCGCUGUGCCCGGUACCCGCCGGCGCUGCGCCAAGCGCACGGCAUCGAGCCCUUCCCGCUCCGCGUCCUCGUCAACCCCGCGGUCCGCGUCCUCGACACCCGCCUCGUCACCGGCCCCGAGGGCUGCGCCAGCAUCCACGGCUUCUCCGCCUACGUCCCGCGGCACUGGGCCGUCCAUGUCACCGGCGUGGACGAGUGCGGGGCGCCGGUGAGCUGGGAGGCGUCGGGCUGGGCCGCCCGGAUCAUCCAGCACGAGAUGGAUCACCUGGAUGGGAUCCUCUACAUCGACCGCAUGGACACCCGCACCUUCACCAACGUGAGCUGGAUGGAGCUGCUGGACUGACCCCAGUGUGCCCACACGGGCCUGCCCUGACCCUGGUGAAAGAACCAGCGCAGCUCUGGGGGCUCCCACUCAGCUUUAUUGCAGCCAAUACAGACCUGUGGCCUCA